ACAGCUCUAAUCAAGUGAGAGAAAGUGAAAGUGAGUGCGCAGACGCAGAGCAAGCAUUCUCAAUGUACAGUGUACAGGGGGCGAAUAUGAAGAAGGUGGAGCCUUUCAUUGUGGAAAUGGGAAUAAAUGGAUUGAAGGUACCGUUUGAACUAGACACAGGAUGUAGUGUCACUCUGAUGAACAGGUCCCAAUUCUAUAGCAAGUGGAAAACCGUUGAAGUGCCUAAACUGAGAGACACCCCCAUUAAACUCAAAACGUACACAGGGGAGAAGAUCACUGUGAUUGGAGUUGCUGAUGUUCAAGUGGAAUAUCAUGGACAAAAGAAAAAUCUGCCUCUCUUAGUAGUGGAAGGUACUGGCCCCAGCUUACUAGGAAGAGGGUGGUUGGAGGAAAUAAAAUUGAACUGGGAUGAAAUCAAACAUGUCACCACAGAGACAUUGACACUACAGCAGGUGCUUUCAAAGCAUGAGUGUGUUUUCAAAGAAGAGCUCGGGACAGUAAAAGGGGUCCAAGCUACCAUUCAUGUUGCUGCUGAUGCUACUCCCAGAUUCUAUAGGCCAAGAUCAGUUCCAUAUGCCAUGAAGCCUAAAGUGGAUGUGGAAAUUGACAGACUCUUAGCAGAGGAUAUAAUUGUACCUGUCAAGUUUUCUGAGUGGGCAGCACCAGUUGUUCCCAUACUAAAACCAGAUGGUUCAAUCAGAUUAUGCGGUGACUACAAGCUGACUGUAAAUAGAGUUUCUUCUCUGGAGCAGUACCCCAUACCCAAAGUGGAGGAUUUGCUUUCAACGUUAACCGGAGGGCAACAGUUUACAAAACUGGACAUGAUAUCAGCAAGUCACGCAUAUCAGCAAGUGCUAAUGGAUAAAGCUUCACAGAAGUACUUGACCAUAAACACCCACCGAGGGAUGUUUACCUAUAAACGCUUGCCUUUCGGGGUGUCUUCUGCACCAGCUAUCUUCCAAAGAACUAUGCAGGGAAUUCUGCAGGGGAUACCCAAGGUAGCAGUUUACCUCGACGACAUUCUUGUCACGAAGGAGGAACAUCUCAGAAACUUAGGUGAAGUUUUGAGGAGGAUGGAGGACGCCGGUCUCCGGUUGAAGAGGAGCAAAUGUACACUGUUAGCUGAUGAAGUGCAGUACCUGGGUCACAAGGUGGAUGCCAAGGGGUUACACACUGUCAAAGCUAAAGUGAGGGCUGUUGUGGAAGCUCCAGCUCCGACAAACGUUACAGAGCUGAAAGCCUAUCUAGGCUUACUGAACUAUUACAAUCGCUUCCUCCCGAACCUCUCUACCCUCUUAGCUCCUCUACAUCAACUGUUAAGGAAGGAUGUGGCCUGGAAAUGGUCAGAAAGUCAGGAAGAAGCUUUUGCAAAGUCAAAGGUGUUACUGCAAUCAGCUGAAGUGCUAGUGCACUACUCAUCAGACAGAGAUCUUAUCUUAUCGUGUGAUGCCUCAGCGUAUGGUGUGGGGGCGGUGCUAUCCCACCGGAUGGAGAAUGGUGCAGAGAAACCUAUCGGGUUCAUGUCAAGAACGUUGUCGCCAGCGGAGAAAAAGUACUCUCAGCUGGACAAGGAAGGACUGGCUGUCAUAUUCGGAAUACAGAGAUUCCACAAGUACUUGUACGGGAGAACAUUCACUAUUGUGACGGAUCAUAAGCCUCUGAUCUCUCUGUUCCAUGAACAAAAGCCAGUACCACAAAUGGUCUCUCCAAGAGUUCAACGUUGGAAUGUGUGGCUCAGGGCCUACGAGUACAAUAUCAUUUACAAACCAGGUAGAUACCAUGGGAAUGCUGAUGCUCUGAGUAGGCUGCCCGUUCCAGAAAUCAUCAUUCAGGAAGAAGAAAAUGACCAGGUUUUGAUGAUCGACGUGUUGGAUGAUGCACCGGUGAACACAGCACAAAUCAGGCAAUGGACUUCAAAGGAUGUGACGUUAUCACAAGUGCAUGAAUUUAUCCUGAAAGGAUGGCCUACAGUGACAGAGCCUCAGAUCAUGCCUUACUACACUCGCCGCUUGGCAUUGAGUGUUCGGGAUGGAUGUGUUCUGUGGGGUUCAAGAGUAGUUAUCCCACCACAAGGGCGGGGGUUGCUACUGAAGUUGUUGCAUCAGUCGCAUCCAGGUAUGUCGAGGAUGAAAGGCCUAGCGAGGUCAUAUGUCUGGUGGCCAAAGAUGGACCACGAUGUGGAAAAUGAGGUUAGCCGGUGUGAGGAUUGUCAGAGUAACAGGAAGUCACCCCCCACCGCUCCAUUACAUCCUUGGGAAUGGCCAGAAAAACCAUGGACACGAUUACAUGUGGACUACGCUGGACCUUUCCUAGGGAAAAUGUUCCUUGUGCUGAUUGAUUCUCAUUCAAAGUGGAUGGAUGUUUACCCCAUGAACACGUCAACAUCGUACGCUACGAUUGAGAAGUUGAGACAAAGCUUCAGUGUUAUGGGAUUGCCUCAAAUGUUGGUUAGUGACAAUGCUACUUGUUUUACAAGCACUGAAUUCACAAGUUUCAUGAAACAAAAUGGUAUUCAGCAUGUAACGUCGGCCCCUUUUCACCCAUCUUCAAACGGAUUAGCAGAACGUGCAGUUCAGACCUUGAAGGAGGGGAUGAGGAAGAUGCAAGGGCCCAGCAUUGAAACAAAGGUGUCAAGAUUCUUGUUUAGCUACAGGAUUACUCCUCAAGCUACGACUGGGUUGUCACCUGCAGAAAUGUUGAUGUCAAGGAGGUUAAGGUCAACCUUGGAUCUCAUCAGACCAGACCUGAAAAUGAAAAUACAACAAAAGCAAUGGAAUCAAAAAUGUAAUCAUGACACCAGAGCCAAACUCAGAAGUUUCUCACCUGGAGAUGAUGUCUAUACAAGAAACUAUGGGUUUGGUCCUAAAUGGAUUCCAGCUACCAUUGAGGAUUGCUCAGGACCAGUAUCUUAUACUGUGAUUAUCGGAAGUGGACAAAGACUAAGGAGACACGUGGAUCAGUUCCGAGCUCGAAUUCCAGUUCCAUCCGGAGAUCUGGAUCAAUUCUUAAACGAGCAGGACAGGACAUUGGAACGUUCCCCAGAGUUGCAGUUGGACAAACCACCUGAGACCAACAAUGCUCAACUUCCUGAGACCACCAGUCCUGGACGACCUCCUCCUGUGAAGUCUCCACAAAAGGACUUUGUUUCACCAUCAAGGGGUGAAGAUCUGGUGGCACCAGCUACACCACCUCUGAGACGCUCUAUUAGAGAGAGACGUCCGCCAGACUUUUUCAGAUCCUAAAAGAGAUAAUUUUUGUAAAAAUGUAAAUAAGAAUAUAGCAUAGCUCAGAAAGGAAUGAAAUUGGGUUAUUAGCUUUAAAGGGGGGGAAUGUAGUAACCUGGUGUAUUUAUGUUUACAAAUAGAUGGCAGUAUUGACUCAAGACGGGGGGUUUGCUUCCCGCUAUCCGUAGCUAUUUCCUAUGUCUGCCUAUAUUACCAUGAUUAAGAAAGCUUCAGAGGAAGUUUAAGCCAGGUGCCUAAAAUGAUGUAAAUCUAAGUUACAAUUAAAUACUAAACCGUAUGUAAGUCUCAUGAGUCGUAAUUCUAAGAAGCCUUUAGGGAUACUACAGGCUGGGUCAUUGUUGUCGGUGAUCAGGCCUACCACUGUUGUGUCGUCAGCAAACGUUUUUAUUUUAUUUUAUUUCACCUUUAUUUUUAUUUCUAUUUAAUUUUAGCCCCUUUUUCUCCCCAAUUUUCGCGGUAUCCAAUCGCUAGUAAUUACUAUCUUGUCUCAUUGCUACAACUCCCGUACGGGCUCGGGAGAGACGAAGGUCGAAAGCCAUGCGUCCUCCGAGGCACAACCCAACCAAGCCGCACUGCUUCUUUAACACAGCGCGCCUCCAACCCGGAAGCCAGCCGCACCAAUGUGUCGGAGGAAACACCGUGCACCUGGCCCCCUUGGUUAGCGCGCACUGCGCCCAGCCCGCCACAGGAGUCGCUGGAGCGCGAUGAGACAAGGAAAUCCCUACCGGCCAAACCCUCCCUAACCCAGACGACGCUAGCCCAAUUGUGCGUCGCCCCACGGACCUCCCGGUCGCGGCCGGCUGCGACAGAGCCUGGGGGCGAACCCAGAGACUCUGGUGGCGCAGUUAGCACUGCGAUGCAGUGCCCUAGACCACUGCGCCACCCGGGAGGCUAUUUCACCUUUAUUUAACCAGGUAGGCCAGUUGAGAACAAGUUCUCAAACAAACGUACAGUCAAUAACACAAUAGAAAAAGUCUAUAUACAGUGUGUGCAAAUGGUGUGAGGAGGUAAGGCAAUAAAUAGUCCAUAGUAGUGAAGUAAUUACAAUUUAGCAAAUUAACACUGGAGUGAUAGAUGUGCAGAUGAUGAUGUACAAUUAGAAAUACUGGUGUGCAAAAAAGUAAAUAAAAACUGUAUGGGGAUGAGGUAGGUAGAUUGGAUGGGCUAUUUACAGAUGGGCUGUGUACAGCUGCAGCGAACGGUUAGCUGCUCAGAUAGCUGAUGCCUAAAGUUAGUGACGGAGAUAUAAGUCUCCAACUUCAGCGAUUUUUGCAAUUCGUUCCAGUUAUUGGCAGCAGAGAACUGGAAGGAAAUGCGGCCAAAGUAUGUGUUGGCUUUAGGGAUGACCAGAGAGAUAUACCUGCUAGAGCGCGUGCUACGGGUGGGUGUUGUUAGGGUGACCAGUGAGCUAAGGCAGAGCUUUACCUAGCAAAGACUUAUAGAUGACCUGGAGCCAGUGGGUCUGAUGACGAAUAUGUAUCGAGGGCCAGCCGAUGAGAGCAUACAGGUCGCAACUUAAUGAUGCUGUUGGAGUCGUGUUUGGCCACGCAGUCGUGGGUGAACAGGGAGUACAGGAGUGGACUAAGUACACACCACUGAGGGGUCCCAGUGUUGAGGAUCAGCGUGGCAGACGUGUUGUUGCCUACCCUUACCACCUGGGGGUGGCCCGUCAGGAAGUCCAGGAUCCAUUUGCAGCCGGAGAUGUUUAGUCCCAGGGUCCUUAGUUUAGUGAUGAGCUUUGUGGGCACUAUGGUGUUGAAUGCUGAGCUGUAGUCAAUGAACAGCUUCUCACAAAGGUGUUCCUUUUGUCCAGGUGGGAAAGGGCAGUGUGGAGUGCGAUUGAGAUUGCGUCAUCUGUGGCUCUGUUGGGCGGUAUGCGAAUUGGAGUGGGUCUAGGGUACCUCGAAGGAUGCUGUUGAUGUGAGCCAUGACCAGCCUUUCAAAGCACUUCAUGGCUACCUACGUGAGUGCUAUGGGCCGGUAAUCAUUUAGGCAGGUUACCUUCGCUUCCUUGGGCACAGGGACUAUGGUGGUCUGCUUGAAACAUGUAGGUAUUACAGACUCGGUCAGGGAGAGGUUGAAAAUGUCAGUGAAGACACUUGCCAGUUGGUAUGUGCAUGCUUUGAGAAGAACAGUGUUGCUUGCCUCGAAGUGAGCAUAAAAGGCAUUUAGCUCAUCUAGUAGGCUCGGGUCACUGGCCAGCUCGCGUCUGGGUUUCCCUUUGUAGUCUGAAAUAGUUUUCAAGUUCUGCCACAUCCGACAAGCGUCAGAGCCGGUGUAGUAGGAUUCAAUCUUAAUCCUGUAUUGACGCUUUGCUUGUUUGAUGGUUGCCGAAAUGACACAUGCGUCCAAUUUAUAUCAGUGCAUUCGUAAUAACCUAGCCAUUACGAAACUUCUGUUCGAUCUAGUGAGCACCACGUAGUAAAUUAGAAAUAACAGUUUUUGAUGACCAAAUUCAACACUCAUUGACCCCAUACAAAAAUCCCUCACUUUAUGUGUUUAUUUUCUAACUCUGACCAAUGGUAACAAAGUAAACCUUGAAGUUGGAGGUUUUAGAAUCUCCCUCUGGUGGCCAAGUUGGCCUGUUGUAACAAAUGCAAUUGGAUGGUGGCUCUACAGUGUAAGAUCUCGGAUAGGUUUAUUCGUUAUUCUGUUACCGGAUAUAAUCAAG